GCCCAAUGCGUAAGAACCACGUGGAAGGACUCACAGUUCAUAGUUAUGGAUGCUAUGGGGAUCGAACGGCCAGUCCUCUUGGACGAACCGCGCGAGCCACAAGUCACCUUCCUUAAUGCCAUGCAAUUCUGCAAAAAGUGGCGCAGGCGCAAAAUGGAUGAGCAAAUGUACAUAGCCUUUGUUAGGCCUGCUCAUGUGCCUUCGAUUUUUGCUGAAAAUAGUGGUGCUACUUUGCAUGUUGUUUCUACUCUUGAUGCAUCUCCAUCUACUUCUACACCAUCUACUUCUAGUCCAAAUGAUGCUGGUGGAAAGUCUGUUCUUUUGGGUGUACCUUUGCAGUCCGGUAUGCUGGCUCCUGAGAAUGAUGAUUCCCCACCGGAAAUCCCACCGGAAAUCAGCAACCUUCUCAACCGAUUUCCCGAGGUCUUGGCCGAACCACAUGGAGUUCCCGUGCGACCGGUCCGGCACAAAAUCGAGUUGAUUGAAGGAAACACUCCCCCAAAGGGCUGUGUCUAUCGUAUGGGCUCAGGCGAAUUGGAGGAGCUGCGGAGGCAAAUUGAUGAGAUGAUUGUCAAGGGUUGGAUCAAACCCAGUGAGUCUGAGUUCGGUGCACCGGUGCUGUUUGUCCCAAAGAAAGGAGGCAAAUUGCGGAUGUGUAUCGAUUACCGUGGAUUGAACAGAAUCACAAGGAAGAAUGCGUAUCCCUUACCGCGGWUUGAUGAUUUGCUUGACGCUGCAGGUGGGUGCAAAGUCUUUAGCAAGAUCGAUCUCAAGUCUGGCUACCACCAGAUCGAGGUCGAACCUGCGGACCAGCACAAGACUGCAUUCAAAACUCGCGACGGGCUGUACGAGUUCACCGUUAUGCCCUUCGGUCUUACGAAUGCACCUGCCACCUUUCAAAGUCUCAUGGACAAAGUGUUUCGCAAUCAGAUCAAUCGGUUUGUUGUUGUUUAUCUUGACGACAUCUUAAUUUUCAGCAAAUCGAUGGAGGAGCACAUGAGACACCUUGAGGAGGUGAUGCAAAUCCUCAAGGAAGCGCAGCUCCAUCUCAACUUGGAGAAAUCUGAGUUUGGGAGGGACAGCGUCAUCUACCUUGGACACCGCUUGUCUGCUGCAGGCCUAGAGCCCGARGCAACCAAGGUUGAGGUCAUUCGGAACUGGCCCCAACCUGCGAAUGUCCGUGAGUUGCGUUCUUUUCUUGGUCUUGCGUCGUAUUACCGCAAAUUUGUGCCCAAGUUCUCUAUCAUUGCUCGCCCAUUGUCUCGACUAACCAKCAAGAAUGUCUCUUAUGCAUGGAAUGAUGAGUGCGCGGCUGCGUUUGAAACACUCAAACAAGCUUUGGUAAGUCAUCCGGUACUCCGCAUUGCGGAUCCCAAACUUACAUUCGUGGUUACCACGGAUGCAAGCUUGUAUGGGAUUGGCGCAGUGCUGCAGCAAGAUGACGGCGACGGUUUGCGUCCGCUGGAGUACUACAGCAAACGAAUGCCUAGCCAAAAGGUAGCUGCAUCCACCUACAUGAGAGAGCUUUAUGCCUUGCGAGAGGCGCUCAAUCACUGGAAGCACUAUCUUUUGGGCCGCCACUUCAAAGUCUUUUCUGAUCAUGAGACUCUGAAGUGGAUUCAGACACAAAGUACUCCCUCAACUACGUUGACACGAUGGCUGCAUGAGAUUGAUGUGUUUGAUUUUGAGCUCAAACACAAGAAAGGCUGUUACAAUCGUGUUGCAGAUGCAUUGUCUCGCCACCCCGAGUACAUGACUUGCCUAGUGGGUUCCUACGAUCUCCGAAAGAAUCUACRGCAGGAACUCACUGAGCACACUGCCAAGGAUCCGGAACUCAGUCCCAUCCUUGAGCAGAUUCGAGCUGACCCCAGCAGUCAGCCUGAUUUCCAUGAGUGCAAGGGACUUCUCUUUCGACGGUCCGGUAAGUACGACCGGCUGUGUGUACCCAACCAUGCGCCUAUCAUCACUCACUUCUUAGAUCUGGCUCAUGGUCGGAGUGGACAUUUUGGUGUUGAGAAGACCUACGCAAAUCUGUUGGAAAGGUUUGUAUGGCCUGGUAUGAAACGGAUGACGCAGCAGUUUGUGGCUGAGUGUGAGGUAUGCCAACGCAACAAACCAUCCCGGCAAAAGCCCUAUGGGCUGCUGCACCCUCUUCCUAUCCCUGAUGGUCCGGGAGAAUCAGUUUCCGUCGACUUCACGGACAUGGGGAAGAAGAGCAGGAAUGGUUACUCGCAAGUAAUGGUGAUUGUUGAUCGUUUUUCUAAGUUUCUGAAUUUGAUCCCAUUGCCACCUCACGCCCCAACUGACCUUGUCAUUGAAGAAUUCAACAAGAAGUAUGUGCUGCAGUAUGGACCCCCAAAGACUCUUGUGAGCGAUCGGGAUACCCGGUUCAUCAGCGCAGAUUGGAAAGACUUCACCUCCCAGACCUAUGACAUGACGCUCAAAAUGACGUC